AUGCGUUCUGUCAAUCCACAAAUACACCCACAACAGCAUCAUCAACAUCCUCAUCACAUCGAACUACAGGAGGUCCAAGCCUCUCGAAUCGCUGUAGAUCCUAGUGGUCAGUUCGCCGCUUUAGCAGGGCCCAAGGAACUCACCGUGUUCGCACUUGAUCAACCGAUCCAAUUGCAUACAUUCCCUUUGAAUAUACGAUCCGAUCCAGCCGGUCUUGCUUGGCACCCGGACGAUCCUGGUCAAUUGGCCGUCGUGCGACAUACACGUUGCGAACUGCUCAAAUGGGAUUUGGUCGAGGGCCGUUUGUCUUUCCUUCAUAGUCUCGGGGGUUACGUUCGUCCGAUCACCUCGUUUGAUUGGAGCCCAUGUCAUCCACACUUACUUGUGACCGCCUCGGCAGACCAGUUUCGAGCGAUUUGUGUAUGGGAUUUACGUGAUUUGACACGACCAACUCGUGCAAUCGAAUCCCUGUCCGCUCCGAGCGUCAUUAAAUGGAGUCGUGUUGUGCAGGCAAAAUUCGCCUGUUCUCAUCGCAACGAGAUCCGUUUGUGGGAUUUGAGGACGUUCCUUAUUGCCACAAUCCUCACCCCACGAUUCCGUCUGACGUAA